AUGAUUAGAAAGUUGGCCAACUAUUUAAUUAGGCCGCAAAGAUCAACUUAUUAAGAUAAAGAUUUAGGAGAUAAAGAGUUUACAAUCGGAAAUAGUGAGUUUAUUAGGAAUGAUUUCAAUUUAAAAAAUGAGAGAGGGCUAACUAUAAAAUGCAGUAUCUUUGAGCCAUCACCAAGAUAAGAAAAUAAAGAAUAUGAUUGCAUUGUUUUUUGUCAUGGAAAUUCAGGAAAUAGAUGCUCAAUAUUUGAAUGCUUAGAUUUUAUACUACAAAGUGGAUUUAUAGCUGUGUCAUUUGAUUUUUCAGGUUGUGGUAACUCUGAAGGCAAAUACGUUAGUUUAGGUCACUAUGAGAAAUUCGAUAUUCAGGUAGUAGUAAAUCAUAUAAGAACAUUCAAUUAUAUUGGAUAAAUUGGACUGUGGGGAAGAUCUAUGGGAGCUGCAUCUGCUUUAUUGUAUACUGAAUUAGAUCAAGAUAUUAGCUCUCUUUGCUUAGAUUCCCCUUUUCGUUCAUUAAAAUCUCUGAUUCAGGACUUUAUGGAUAAAUUUAAAAUUAUAACAAAUAUAUUUGGAGAUAUUUUAUAUGAAAAAGUAUCUAAAUAUGUAUAAGAAGAAGCAAAUUUAUCAAUUGAAUCUGUGCAACCAAUUCUUUCUGCACAAAAAUCACGUAUUAGUGCUAUUUUUAUUCAUGCUGUAAAUGAUAAAAUUAUAAAUAAGUAGCAUUCUGAUGAUAUAGUAUAAGUUUAUAAAGGAAGAAAAAAGUAUUUUAACGUAAGUGGAGAUCAUAAUGAUAUGAGAAAUAAUCAAUUAUAUGAAGAAAUUAUUCAAUUUUUUAAAGAAAAUUUUUAAAAAAAUUAAAAUAAAACCAACGUUUCAAUUGAAUAAAUAAGUAAACCAAGUUUGCAAUUUAUUGAAUAAGAAGAUGAUGCAGAUAGUUAGAUAAGAAAUUAUGCAUAGAGAAAAACUAAAAGAAGUCUUUUAUUUAUAAAAUAAGAUGAAAGUUUAAAUUAACUUAGUGAAGAUGAAGAUAGUUAAUUUUAGCAAAGAGAGUUUAGAGAAAGAAAGUAAACAACAAAGAGUAAAAAAAGAAGAGAAACUAUUUUGUUAAAAAACUUUGUGGAAAUAUCUUCAAAUGAAGACUUAGAUAACAGCCAAGAAAUUUAAAAAGAUGAAAAAUACAAUGAUGAAGAGAGCAAAGAUCAAUUUGAAAGAGAUUGCAUUGAUAGUAGCAAAGACUGUGAACUUUACGAAGUAAACCAUAGAAAAAAAUAGCAAAGAAAAAAUAUGACUCGGUCAGAAAAGAUAAUAAUCAUAUAAGGAGAUAAAUACUAGAGUGAUGAAGGCCUUACUUCCAGAGAGUCUAGCCCUUUGCCAGAAGAUAUAGAUAAAAUAGAUAAGUUGAAGAAGAGCUGA